CCAUUUUGCCGUCUACUAUGCCAUAGUUUUCUAUUAUGUCGUUGUCUCCAGAGACAUGGCCGGACAUACUGGGGAAGAGGAGGAUUUAGGAGACAUCUCCCACUGCAGAGUCGGGGAGUCGGUGGAGGAGGAUUCUUGAUCUCUCCCUCCCUUACCCCUCUGCCCUCCCCCCCAAUGGACCGUAAGCGGAAGUUAAUUAGCGAAACAUUCAAAGUGAAGAAAAAGCGAGAUGAAGACGGCGCAAUCAAAACUGAUUCAAGCACGGUGCCAUCACCCUAUCCAGAUUUCACAGAUAACCCCCAGGAUGCUGUGCCAUACCUGUGUGCUCUCUUUCCCCGCAAGCUGUUUAACGACACUUUGCCACCUAUGUUUCUGCGCCAUCAAAUGUACAGCAUCAUACGAGACCGCACAUCUGUAGACCGACUGCUGAGCUCUUUACAGCAGAAGGGUGAGGUGUGCCUAGUUCAGCCAGGGUUUGAUCCUGACACCUUUUUAGUGGCGAUGAGCGAGGAUUUACGUGCAGCAGUGCUCCGAAGCGUUGAUGAGAGUUCCAGAACCACCAUUGUCCAGAAAUUCCUGGACUCCAGCCUGUUUUCCUCUUCUAAGAUCAGCUACAACAGAGAGGAAAUGAUGCAAAAACACCGCUUCAGUGACCGAGAGAUCACGCAGCUGGUCAAUGCCGGACUGCUGACAGUGAGGGAUGCUGGGAGUUGGUGGUUGUCAGUUCCUGGCGCAGGGAAGUUUAUCUCACAUUUUAUAAAAGGACGGAAGGCCCUUGUGUCUCAGAUCAGCAAAUCUCGGUAUAAAGAAGUCCUCCUUGUGGACCUCUCCACGCGGAAGCCUCCCUCUUCCCUACGCUUAGGGAUGGAAUACCACAUUCAUGACAUCAUAGGCGCGGGUCUUGUGGACUGCAUUCCUACAGCGUCUGGGAUACUUCUUCGCCUAUCAGACAAUUAG